UCUCUCUCUCUCCUCUCCUCUCUCUACAUCUCUUCUCUCUCUCUCUCUCUCUCUCUCUCUCUCUCUCUCUCUCUCUCUCUCUCUCCCCAUUUUAAUCCACUACGCAUUUUCCUCUACUCAGAACCAGCCAUGGGUAAUCACAAAGAGACCCUAUAAGAUCGAAACCCUAGGAGGAGAAAAAAGUAGCUUUUGCCAAAGAUAUGGCCGAGGAAUUCGAAGAAAAUUGUGAAAAUAACGACCGGCACGGCGAGAUCUAUCAAGAAAAAGUAUACGACGCGUUUGUUUGCCCCCUCACUAAGCAAAUUAUGCGCGAUCCCGUUACCAUCGAAACAGGGUACACCUUCGAUAGAGAAGCAAUUUUGAAAUGGUUCAGGGAAUGUCAGAACAACGGAAGGAAACUCGCGUGCCCCUUGACACGAAAGGAGCUCCGCAGCACCGAUCUUAACCCUAGUAUCGCUCUUCGUAAUGCUAUUGAUGAAUGGACGCAAAGAAAUGAAGCUAAGGAGCUCGAUAAAGCGCACAGAUUACUGCUGAGUUCGGCGAGCUCAGAACAAGAUGCUUUGAGGGCUCUAGAGUUUGUUGUCAAUGUUUCCUGGAAAAGAAGCCGUGCUGUAUAUAAUGGCGGGUUGAUACCGACGAUUUCUGGCUUGUUGAAGAGCGGCAGCAUAACCCUUCGCUCUAAAGCACUCGAGGUUCUUCGCAUUGUAGCCGAGGAAAACAAUGAAAAUAAGGAAGAUAUUGGCGCGGGAGACACCAUACGCACGAUCGUAAAGUUUCUCCUGCAUGAAUAUAUCAAGGAGAGGGAGUUAGCUGUCGCUCUCUUAUGUGAGCUUUCGAAGUCCGAAUCUUUGUGCGAAAAGAUUGGUGGAGUCGACGGGGCGAUUCUCAUAUUGGUAGGAUUGGCGAGUAGCAAAUCGGAAAACAUCGUAGUCGUUGAGAGAGCCGAGCAUACGCUGAAGAAUCUGGAGAAGUGCGAGAAAAAUAUUAAGCAAAUGGCGGAAAAUGGGAGGCUUCAGCCCCUUCUUACGAAACUCCUCGAAGGUUCGCCGGAAACCCAGCUAUCGAUGGCUUUAUACCUUGGCGAACUCAUUCUCGCCAACGACGUAAAGGUCCUUGUGGCACAAACGGCCGGUCCGACGCUGAUAACCAUUAUGACGACGGGAACCGUGCAAGCAAGAGAAGCUACUUUAAAAGCCCUGAAUCAGAUCUCGUCGAACGAAUCGAGCGCCAGCGUACUAAUCGAGGCCGGCAUCCUCCCCCCUCUCGUCAGGGACCUCUUUGCCGUCGGCUGCGGCCGCCUCCCAACGCGGCUGAAGGAGAUGUCCGCCGGCGUCCUGUCCAACCUCGUGGCGUCCGGCGCAGAUCUCGAGGCUGUCCCGUUAGACGACGGCGACCAAACUCUUCUCUCAGAGGAUGUCGUCCACAACCUGCUCCACCUCAUCAGCAACACCGGCCCGGCGAUCGAGCACAGGCUUCUUCAAGUCCUGGUUGGACUGACGAGUUCGCCGACUGCGGUUUCGUACAUUGUUUCCGGCAUUAAAAGCUCAGGUGCCGUUAUCAGUUUAGUCCAAUUUAUCGACGCCGCGCAUACAGAUGUUCGCGUGGCCGCGCUGAAGCUCUUACAUAACAUCUCUCCUCACAUGAGCAUCGAGCUCGCAGAAACUCUCGGAGGUAGUUCCAGCCAUUUGGGCACCGUACUUGAUGCCAUUUCGGACAACAACGGGAUCGCAGAAGAACAAGCCGCGGCCAUCGGGCUUCUGGCUGAGCUUCCUGAGAUGGACUCUGGCCUCACCAAACAGCUUUUCAAACAAGGAGCUUUCAGAGUUGUCAUUACAAAACUGCUCAGUAUAAGGGACGGCGGGGCUCGCAGCAACCGCUACAUAGGGCCUUUUCAGGAAGGGCUCGUGCGAGUGCUCUCAAGGCUUACGUACUGCUUAGCGGAGCCCGAACACAUCGCCUUCGCAAAGGAGUACGAUCUCGCCACAGUUUUCGCCGGUCUAAUCGAAGCAAACGGGAGCGAUAAGGUGAUAAUAGCUUCAGCUUUCGCACUCGAGAACCUCUCGCAAGAAUCCAAGUACUUGACAGCAAAACCUGAGCCGCCAAAGUGUACUCUACUGUCCUGCUUCAGUAAGCCGCCGUCGGUUUCUGGGCUCUGCCGCAUACACCAUGGGUUCUGUACAGCGAAAGAGAGCUUCUGCUUAUUGGAGAGUAGGGCGGUCGAGAAGUUGAUUGCUUGUUUAGACCACACCAAUGAGAAGGUCGUCGAGGCCGCAUUGGCUGCGCUUUGCACUCUGCUGGACGAUACCGUCGACACCGUAGAAGGGGUGUAUGUGUUGUGUGAGGCCGAGGGGAUUAAACCGAUUUUCGAUGCUCUGAUACAGAAUCGGACCGAGAUUAUUCAGAAAAGAGCAGUUUGGGCCGUCGAGAGGUUUUUGCGAAUCGACGACAUCGCGAGAGAAGUUUCGGGGAAUCAGAGUGUGGGCUCGGCUCUUGUGGAAGCUUACAGGAAUGGUGACUACCGGACGCGGCAGAUCGCGGAGAGAGCAUUGAAGCAUAUAGAAAGGUUGCCAGAUUUCUCUGCCAUAGCUGCUCAGAGUUAAGAGUUGUUGUUAUGUUCAAGAGGCAAGGUUUGCUUGGUAAGCAUAUAUCUACUUUUGCAAAUUUUCUCUACUCUUCCAUUGUUUAUUCUUUUUCAUGGUUUUUCUCUUGGAGAUUA